AGGUAAUUUAUCCACAAGAUUUCCUAGAAAAUGACUCCAUGAACGCACAUACAAAAGAUAAGAUACAUACCCCUUACUCUAGUCCGACUGCUAGUUAUAACUUUCGUCUUCUCCCAAUCCUAUCCUUCACUGAAGGCAAACGUUCUUCACUUCUCGUCGAAGCGAUGGCUGCGGCGACAGCGCUUAGUUUUAGUUUGGUUGGAGCUUUUAGAGGACUUUCGUUUGGUUCAAGUUCUUCAUCUUCCUUCUUCAAAGGAGAUUUUGGAUCGGUUCCCACUGCUCGUAAGAUUUCAAUUUCGCUCCCGAUAAGAACCCCAUUGACGAUACAGAAUGCGCACAAAAAAGGAGCUGGAAGUACAAAGAACGGUCGUGAUUCAAAAGGUCAGAGGCUUGGUGUUAAGAUUUACGGAGACCAACUUGCGAAGCCUGGCUCAAUCAUUAUUCGACAACGCGGAACAAAGGUGCAUCCAGGGAAGAAUGUUGGGAUUGGCAAAGAUCACACCAUUUUCUCUCUAAUUGAUGGAUUGGUGAAGUUUGAGAAAUUUGGACCUGAUAGGAAAAAGGUGAGUGUUUACCCGCGUGAAGUGCAGCCAGAAAAUCCAAACAGUUACAGAAAUAGGAAGAGAGAAUCGUUCAGGCUACAGCGUGAACGCAGGAAAGCAAGAAAAGAGCUUCGGGAAGGGACUGCUGUCCAACCUCUGUUGGUGCUGGCUUCAGCUAAAGGAACUGUUACUGACACUGCCACUGCCACUGCCGAUGCCAAUGUUGAUUGCUGAUUUAGAAUUCACAAUGUAAUCAUGUUUCAUGAGGGAUGAUAAAUAUUUGGACGAGGUCUGUAUCACAGUUUACAAGUACUGAUUUUUUUGUAUGUGUAUUAUUUUCUGUGAAAAUGGUGCCUGUAAAGCACUCUUAAGUUUUUCCCUACUUCGAACCAUAUUAAGCUUCUA